CACAUUGGUGCGACGUACAACGAGAUUCAUACCAUUAUUGGGAAAGCGGCGGAUCGAAUUAGAAAGCAAUUCGCGCCUGACAUGAUGGUGGCUAUCGGUUCCGGUUUCUUCCCCGCACGUGUUAUGAGAACGUUCCUGAAGGACCCCAAGAGCAAACGUAAUAUUCCUAUCCAGGCGAUCGGUCUAAGCUUGUAUGAGUCCUUGCCAACGACGACAGCGGAGCAACAAGGGGUGGAGGUCGUGAAGACGCAAUGGUUGGCAGGCGACAUGCAGGCACUCUUGGGACAUAGAGUCUUAAUUGUGGACGAAGUUGAUGACUCUGGAAGGACGCUGUAUUAUGCUAUUUCAGAACUGAAGAAGGAUGUAGAACAGGCACUCGCACACAUGCCCAAAGAAGAGCAGGAAGCCAAACGGCCCAAGUUUGCUGUCUUCGUAGUACACAACAAGAUCAAGCCAAAAGCGGAAAAACUUCCAGAUGAUAUUAUGUACUUUGCUGGUCAAGAAAUUCCAGACAAAUGGUUCGAUUAUCCGUGGGAGAUGAAGGACGUGUACGAACAUGAUGCAAAAGUGCUGGCGUCUCGACAGAGGGGUGAGGGAGCAGACAAGAACUGAUGACACAGGUUACACACACGGUUACACAUUGCGCAGCAGCAGUCAGCGGUUCCAGUUUUCAAUCCGACCAGUGCGAAACGGGGCAAC